UAGAAAGGGGAGAUCCAAUCCGGUUUCAGCUAGUUUCUGUUCCGACAGAACAUUAAUGCUUGCUUCAGUGUUUCCUAGACCUGGUUUUUACUCUUUACUUACCAGUGUGUAAGCUAUUUUAAUUUAUUUUCCCUUUUUGUACUAAAAGCACACAAGCUUUGAGCAGCCAUGCCGAAAAGGAGCAAAGCUAACAAUGACACUGAAGCAGCCGGGCCCAAAAGACGGUCUGAGAGACUUCAAGGGAAACCCCAAACGACAAAGUCUGAGGCCAAGGCCAAGCCAAAGAAGGCGGCGCCUGCAAGGGGCAAGAAGGCCAAGGAUGUAGAAAAGGCCAAACCAGAGGAGAAGAAAGAGGACGCCAAGCCCGAGGAGGAAACCACAGCGGAGAACGGAGAGACCAAAGCUGAUGAAGAGGACAACGGCGAGGAAGAAGAAGAGGAGGCCGACCAGAAAGAGGGAGCUGCUAAAUAACGUAGAUCACCAGAGCUCCAAUACCUCUUUUCUUGUACAAUACAGAGGAAUAUUUUUAUUGACUAUUUUCUAAAAAACAAAAGAAAAAAAAAGGGCAGGUUUUUAGUAGUUCAAUAUUAGAAGCUCAUUUUAUAGAUGACGUUCGAGAGAAAAGCCUUAGAAGAGGGAUCCCAUCUUUUCCCACUCCAGUUUUUCCUGAAGAUUUGCAGUCAUGAAACAACUAAUGACUACUUGUUAUUGUUUUUAUUUUUCUAACUCUGUUUUGUUUUUAAAGAAGGGAGGGGAGCGGGAACAGGUUGCGACGGAUGAUGCGAUCGUGUCAUUUUUAAAACUUUAAAAACUGGGAGUGUGUGCCUGAGACACUAACAUUCCAAAGGCAACGUGACGGACGUCUGUGUGUAGCCCGUAUUGUAUGGGAAGGGGGUUCUUUGUUUUCUGGUUGGUUUGUUUUUAUUGUAAGCUGUAUUCUAUCAAUUGAAACCUCUUUAUUCGAACCGUUUUAUGAAUCAACCGCUUUGAACAAUGAUUCUGCUCACUAGUACUGGAACACUCAUCAGAUUUGUGUUUUACAUUGACUUUUGUCUCUGUGUGGUGAUAGCAUUGCAAUAACGUUGUUGUAUAGCUGCUGUGAAAAGGUUUUCAUAAUGUCUAUAUGCAGUAUGUGAUGGUACUUUAAGAGGAUGAAAAAUGGAAUCGUGUGUGUUAGCAAAGCUAAUGACAGAGCUGUGUUACAGUGUUAAACAUGCAGGUUGUAGCUUAUGUUAUAAGAAAAUUACUGUAAUUUCUUUCACGUGAACAUGCCAGCAGUAGCUAUAUCACUCAAGGUUUUUAGGUUAAAUGUACAGUUUCUUUUUUUAUUUCCUUUUUUUAAUGUAGCUGUCUCUGUAAUGAGUGGUAUGAUAUGCCAAUAAAAUGGGUGUUAUAUUUCACCAUGA